CCGAGGUGGCAAGAUGGUGGCGUCUAGUGAUGUGUUUACUGUUGUUGUCAGUAAACGAAUAGUUAAACAUUAUCAUUAUUAUUGUUGAUUUUUAAAUCGUAGGCUAUAUCUGAGCUGAAAAGAUUCGAGUAAAUUGUUCUUUCAGAUAAUUGUACAUGUUAGGUUACCUUGUCAACUAUGCAAGGAAAUGAAAAGACAAUUGAUGGCAAAACUGCAUUUUGGAAGAAGAACUUAAGGAAUGAGCAUGGAAGCCUAAAACCUGUUUACGGAGCAACUCACCCUCCACUUACACAGCCUUCUGUUCCAAGUAAAGACCCAUCAAAGACUCGUCAUAAAAGAAAUCCAUCUUCUAGUUCAUUCCAGAAUUUCCAAAAAAGUACAGAUGAUGCCUGGGAUAUAGGCGAUGAUGAUUUUUGUGUUGUGCCACAUGUGGUUCAUCCCCAAGUUAAUCAGUCAGCAGCCACUAACGUGAUAAGUAAACACAGUGGACGAAGCAGAAUUGUCACAGCUGUCCAUAUUCGAUCAGCAUCUGCUGGAGAAGCAGACGUCACAAGGAAAGCAGAUGAUUCAGACUUGUCCAAUAUUCGGGCCACUGCUUUACAGAAAGUCUCUUCUUGCCGUGGUCAUCAGCAAUUAUCUUCAUGGCGACUUCAGGGGCCAGGACGAGGCAUACGGCACUGUAUGAUACCUCCAACUUCACACCCAAGGGCUCACAUUAAAUACCUACAGUCCAGAACUUCACAGCGAGAAAUACAAAGGCUGCAGAAGUUCAAAUCUCUGCUGAGUGGACCAAACACUGAUUUAGAAGAACUAAAAGAAUUAAGCUGGUCAGGAAUUCCACCAGCAGUGAGACCCAUAACGUGGAGAUUGUUAGCUGGCUACCUCCCUGCCAACUGUGAUAGGAGAGAAUCAACAUUAGAAAGGAAACGAGAAGAGUACUUCAACUAUAUCAAACAGUAUUAUAAUACUCGACUCCAAGAUAUACAUCAGGAGACGCACAGACAGAUUCACAUUGACAUUCCAAGGAUGAGUCCCCUAGUGCCACUUUUCCAACAACAAAUAGUACAAGAGAUUUUUGAGAGAAUACUGUAUAUAUGGGCAAUUCGUCAUCCUGCCAGUGGCUAUGUUCAGGGAAUGAAUGAUCUCCUCACCCCAUUUUUUGUUGUUUUCCUUCAGGAAGUAGUGCCAUCUGGUGAGCAACUGAGCUUCCAAAACGGUACUACCUCCCCUCCCCCACAGCUAUCUCGACCUUCAUUUGCCCUCUAGACAUUGGUAAAUCUUCUGAACAGCGCACCAGUCUUUUAUGCCCAUAUAUUUUUUGAGUCAUUUCAGCAACAUGUGACCACCAUCCACCACUCCCAUUGCACCCUCUGUACUAGCUCAGGUAGUUCCCUCUACCAUUGCAGCACAAUCCUCACUUUCUCGAUUGGUACACAGUGUUUAUACGUGUGUUUUCAGUUGUCCUUCAAGCGAAUUAAUUCAGACAUUAAUUCGG